AACGGGAUUGGCUGUAAGUAGCUUUGUGGCUGAAGGUAAACAUCACAUGAAAAGUAGGAAUAGCUUCUUCACUUUCUUCCGACCGACGGCGAGGUGUUGAAACGAAGGGAAAUAAUGAGCUAAAGCGACGCGGAGAGCCGUUGACCCGCCGGGACUCUUUGAUUUACAACCGUUUUCCGGGUGCUUCAGUCAGCAGCCAUGGUGGAGGUGUUCACCGGGCGGACACUCGUGAAUAAAGACGGGGAUUUCGUCGAUCCCGACGAGGCGUUGAGGAACAAAGUGGUGGGGAUCUACUUCUCCGCAGGAUGGUGUCCUCCGUGUCGAGACUUCACGCCCAUCCUGUGCGAUUUCUACACGGAUCUGGUGGAGGAGAGCGACCCUCCGGCUCAGCUCGAAAUUGUUUUCGUGUCCUCCGACAAGUCGACCGACGACAUGGUUGAAUAUUAUCACGAUAUGCACGGAGACUGGCUGGCUCUGCCCUGGACGGACGACUACAAGCAUGAGCUGAAGCAGCGCUACAAGAUCACAGCGGUGCCCAAACUGGUGAUCGUGAAGGAGAACGGCGACGUGAUCACGGACAAGGGCCGCAAACAGAUCCGAGACCGAGGCCUGGCGUGCUUCAGGUCCUGGCUGGACGUCGCCGAGAUCUUCCAGAACUUUAACGGUUAGCGAACAGAGACGAGGGAAACGUCGAGAGCCACUGGAGCCCCCCGAGAGAGCUGGAGAAAACCAAAAUAAUAUCUUCGAUAAGAUGAUUUAAGUGAUAUGAAAGAGAAAAUGACAUAUCUGUGGCACAUCAUUAUAUUUAUUUAUUCAGAUUUAACACUUUAUUUGCUUUUCUUGAAUAUGCUUUACUUCUAAAAUCCUUUUUUGAAUGGAACAACGCGAGUGACGUUGGUUGAAUUGCUCACCGCUCAUGCUUUAUUGAGGGGUUUACAGGUAGAUUUGUUUUUAAGGGUUCACAAGCCAAAAAACUGUUACAAAACACUUCUUUAAACAUCCUAUGCAUAAAAAAAUAAAAAAAACUCAGGCAUAUCCACUAUGGUUCAUAUGUGAAAAAUUAUUUGCUUUAAGGAAAUUGUGCAUUUAGUUUGUAUAAUACAAGCAGCUACUGUAGUUUCUUUAGAAAUGCGUUCAUACGUUCUUUAAAAGCUUGUGCACUAACUAAACAUACAGUCGCACCUUGCUUUAUGAAGUAGAUAUCUUCAUAUGCUUUUGUAUAUUUAAGGUUUGACUUGUAGUUCUACUUUGAGCUGCCUGUAUAUUUUUUGAUUUAAAAUUAGUUGUUUAGAUGGUUGUUAUUAAAAUAUAUAUAUAUAUUC